AUGAAGCUAAAUGGGUCAGCCUGCCAGUCAGAAGAAAUAUCGGCAAUGAGUGAUAAAUUAAACACAAUUUGUAUCGAUGCAAAAUUCAUUUCGACUGUUCACGUUGAAGUUCGACUCAAGAAAGGAGUCAGUAAAUUAGAGGUUGAAAAAUGUCGACCGUCGAUCCGCGACGCAUUGCUUUCAUCAGAGAAUGUGCUCAACUGGCGUCCCAUUUCGCUAUCAGACGAUAAUGGCGACCUUUCGAAAAUGAUCGAUAAUAUUCUGGUCGGAUGCUCUGCGAGACCGGACGGUAGUGUAUUGAAUCUACGCAAUUUAACGAUAUUGGAUUCAAAUGUGCAUAUUUAUCGAAUGAUGGAAUACGAACCCGAAAAACAAGAGAUAUGCGUUGACAACGAUACACAGAGCACAUCAGUUGGGUCACAGAUUUGGGCAUUGCCAUGCCAGGAGUUCGAUCAAAUCUGGGAGAAUUUGAUAUUUAGUGAUAAUAUCAAAAAUGAGCUCCUUUCAUAUAUCUACGCGGUAUUGCGCAUAUCGGACCGCGGUGCAAACACGUCGAUUCUACGCAUCAAUCGACUUAUACUUUUGCACGGUCCACCUGGAACGGGCAAAACGUCGUUGUGUAAAGGUCUCGCCCAAAAACUAUCGAUUCGCCUCAACAAACGAUACAAGCAGUCAGUCUUCGUUGAAAUCAACAGCCAUAGUCUCUUCUCGAAAUGGUUUUCUGAGAGUGGUAAAUUGGUGCAGAAGAUGUUCGAUCACAUUGAAGAAUUGGCCGACGAUAAUAAAACACUUAUUUUUGUGCUUAUCGAUGAGGUGGAGAGUCUGUCGAUGGCAAGGGCGGGUGCGUUGAAUAGAAACGAGCCGGGCGAUGCGGUGCGUGCCGUGAACGCAUUGUUGACUCAGAUCGAUCGAAUUCGACGAUUUCCGAACGUUCUCGUGCUGACCACUUCCAAUAUAUCCAAGAGUCUGGAUGAGGCGUUCAUCGAUCGCGCUGACAUCAGCCGUUUUGUGGGACAUCCAUCUGUUUACGCGGUCUAUGCGAUUCUUCUGUCGUGCAUCCAGGAAAUGCAGCGGGUAUCAGCAUUGGGCUUGAGUGGACGAGCACUAAGGCAGUUGCCUGUGUUGGCGUAUUCAAAGACUAAUUCGGAGAGUAUAACAAUAGAACAGUGUCUAGAUGCCUUUCAAAUGGCAAUCGAUGAGAAACGUCACUCAUCGAGCAGCAGCUCAUCGCUUUGA